CCAGUUCCACUUACAGCAACAAAACUAAACUUGGUUUGAGGCGUUUGACACAUGCUAUGCUAAAGCAUCCUCCUUUGUCGCACUUUUCUUCGACAAUUAUUUCUUUCAUAUUUUUCACACCGCAAUACAGAACCCAAACCCAAACCUUUUCGGGGCAACGUGAAAGAUUCGGUAUUUGUCAAAACCCAAGUGACCCAAUUGCGAUAUCCAUUAAUCGUACCCUUAAAAAUCUAGGGUUUUUAUUUUUUGAAGAAUAAAUUCUACUUGCCCCCUUUUUUUCAUCGUGAUUGUUUGUUCCAACGAACUCAAAUUCAUUGAGGAGUUCGUGCUGAGAAUCAAUGGGUCGUUCUCGUGGAAAUUUUCACCACGCCGAUGAGGAUCCCAACCAAAGGUCAAGGAGAAAAAAGAAUUCUGUCAGUGGAGAGAAUUCAGAAUCUGGAGCAGCAGGCCAAGGAACAAGUGAAGGCAAAAGGGCUUUGUAUCACUGCAAUUAUUGUAAUAAAGAUAUAACAGGAAAAAUCCGUAUUAAGUGUGCAAUGUGCCCAGAUUUUGAUUUAUGUAUAGAGUGCUUCUCUGUUGGUGCUGAGGUGACACCUCAUAAAAGUAAUCACCCUUAUAGGGUUAUGGAUAAUUUGUCUUUCCCCCUUAUUUGCCCAGACUGGAAUGCAGAUGAUGAAAUAUUGCUUCUAGAGGGAAUUGAAAUGUAUGGCUUGGGAAACUGGACAGAAGUUGCUGAGCAUGUUGGAACAAAAAACAAAGAAUCAUGCAUAGAGCACUAUAGGAAUGUAUACUUGAACUCCCCAUUCUUUCCUCUUCCGGACAUGACUCAUGUUGUUGGGAAAAACAGAAAAGAACUCCUUGCCAUGGCCAAAGGGCAGGGCGAGGACAAGAAAGGAAUUUCCAUGGGGGAUCUUAGUUUAAAGGAAGAUUCUCCCUUUUCUCCAUCUAGAGUCAAAGUUGAAGAUUCCCAUAAAGCUGGUUCUGCUAACCGUUUGCCUUCCUGUUUGAAUUCAGAGUCAGAUUCUGGUCCUUCUGGUAACACACAUGCUGGAGCUGGUGCAAACCAAAAGGCAUCUAAUGCGACCGGGGGAAAAGGUGGUCCAGGAGUCAUUAAAAUGGAAGAUUCUCAAGUAGACAGAGAUUUUGGAGGAAAAAAGCCAACUUCCUCAGGAAAUGAAGGUCCUUCAUUAGUAGAAUCAAGUGGUUAUAAUUCAAAAAGACAGGAAUUUGAUCCUGAAUAUGAUAAUGACGCUGAACAACUACUUGCUGAAAUGGAAUUUAAGGAUACUGACACUGAGGAAGAGCGAGAGCUGAAACUACGUGUAUUGCGUUUCUAUUCAAAAAGGCUCGAUGAAAGAAAGCGUAGGAAGGAUUUCAUACUUGAAAGAAAUUUGUUAUACCCAAAUUCAUUUGAGAAGGAUUUAACAACUGAGGAGAAGACAAUAUGUCAGAAAUAUGACUUUUUCAUGCGCUUUCAUACCAAGGAAGAGCAUGAGGAAUUGCUUAGAACAGUUAUCUCUGAACAUAGAACUCGUAAAAGACUUCGAGAGCUAAAGGAAGCACGCGCAGCUGGUUGCCGCAAUGUCAUGGAAGCUGAUAGAUAUAUGGUACAAAAGAGAAGAAGGGAAGCUGAAGAAAGUGCUCGCAGGAAAAAAGAAAGUGCUCAGGUUGGUCCAAGCAAUCAGGGGGUUCCAAAUGCAUUAAUGUCUCCAGACUCUGCUGGCAAGGAUUUGAGUGCAAGACCUGCAGGGCCUGCUACUUCGAGCUCUGUCAAUGAAAUGGAUGUGACAGGAUAUUAUGGGGCCGAUUUACUUUCUGAACCAGAGAAACGUUUAUGCUGUGAGCUAAGGUUGCCUCCAGCCACGUAUCUAAAAAUGCAAGAGCAACUGUCUCUACAAAUACUUGCUGGAAAUGUCUCUGCUAAAUCGGAUGCUCAUCAAUUGUUCAAGAUAGAUACCAUGAAAAUUGACAGGGUGUAUGAUAUGCUCAUCAAAAAGGGAAUUGCUUUACCCUGAGACCUCUCUUACUUCAGAUGUGUCGCUUCAUAAUCUAUUAUUCUCUGCGAGCUACCCACAGUCGAAAUAAAUUGAUCUUGUAUAUCAACAUUACUAGAAAAUUUUGAAGUGCUGUAUCAAGUUUUAGUAAUGGACUGAGUUAGAUAAAGGAUGGACUAUACACACCAAGUUAAUCAUGAUUCUAUUUGACAUCUAUCAUGCCCCUCACCUACCCACCCAACUGACCAAAUCCAUGAAUGUGGCAUAUGUACGGAGUCGAUAGUCGUGGCAAGCUAAUAUUAAUGUAUAAUGUAGUCAGGGUGUUGAUGCAAAAAAAUGAUAACUUUUUCUUGGGUAGAUUCUUGAAAUUUUGUUUAUUCAAAGUUGUCUAUUUGUGUAGGAGUUGCUACAGCAGCUAGUUUUAGGUUACAAUACCCUUGAUGAUUUGCACGUUUAUUGGUUACUUUUCAAAGUAUAAUCAGCAACUUAUUCAUGUUUGACACAAGAAAUGCCCUACCAUACUGGAACGUCUAUUGAGAAACACCUUCCUUU